AUGGGUCCAAGGAUGUACAAAAUAAAUUUCAAUGGGCUGAAGUUUGAAGAUCAGAGAGCAUCUGGUAUUGGGGUUGUGAUGCAGGAUUUGUCAUUGCAGCUUUGUCCAAGAAACUGCGAGGAUGAAACAGGCUUUGUCAUUGCAGCUUUGUCCAAGAAACUGCAAGAUUUAAGGGGAACAGAUGAGAUUGAAGCGUUAGUGGUGGAAACAGCAGACCAAUUAACAUGGGAGGUAGGCCUUCAAACAGCUGAAUUGGAAGAGGACUCAAUGACGAGGUUUAGAAGAAUGAAGAUUUGGAAUGUGGUCUGGGAAGGGAACGGUAGCAGACUUGUUAGCUUGUCAUGCCAGAAGCGUGAAGAACCUUGUUGCCUGUAUUAUGGGUUUGGCUAUGACCCCACAACUGAUGAUUAUAUAUUAGUAAGAGUUCUGUAUCUCGAAGAAGAAGAAGGUGAUGAUCUCAAAAAUGAUCAACUUAUGGUUCAGAUUUAUACACUUGGCACUGGCACGUGGCGCAAUGUUACCAACCCUGGCCCUGGUUCUCUGUCUGCUUUUCCAGAAAAUCACUUAUCAGUGUUUGUGAACGGGGCAGUGCACUGGAUUACGUCCAUUGAAGAUGACUAUAUUAUCUAUGUAAUCUUAUCAUUCGAUAGAAGGAAUAAUUCUUUUCAUGAGAUGGCUUUGCCUGGGAGUUUGGAUGAUGUGAAUAAGUUAAACAUUAAAGUUGCUGUGGUAGGUUUUACAAAGAUUGGUGAGGUUCUAGUGAUCAAUACUGUCAAUGGUGAGUUGCUGUCUUACAAUCCCAGUAGCCAACAGAUAUCAUAUAUUGACAUCCCCGCCCAAUUAGCGCCGUUUUAUUUGGAUACAUAUAUGGAGAGCCUUCCUCUACUGAAUGUCCAAGAUUGUGCUUCGGCAAGGCGGGCGAAUGAAUUGAAUUUGUCUAAUGCUAGUAAGGGCAAACGUAAAAUAUGUUAG